AUAAAAAGGGGGUAACUAUUGAGGUGAUACCGGAGGAGGGUUUUAGCGAGGAGGAUGAAGCUCUGCCUGCAAAUCUUGCCGCAUUCCGAGAUGUUCGGAGAAUACCUGUGAGUGCUCCAAGAGGUCGGGUUGGUUCCGACAGCACCCAGGACGAAGUGAUUAAUACUCAACUUCGCAGAAUUGACAUCGAAGAGAACAGGGAGGAGGAAGAAAAAGAGGCGGAAUUACCUGUGGCGGAGGAUUAUGAAAGGGGCGGGGGGCAGGAUGUGUAG